AUGUUUAAUAUUGUGAAAUUUGUUGCUGACAUGGAUUCAGAGGCUGCAAAGACUGCAAGAGAAUCUUUGGAUUUGGCAUUUCAUAUGUCAAACCUUCUUGACACAGGACUUGAUCGACACACCCUUUCGGUGCUUAUUGCUCUUUGUGACAUGGGUUUGAACCCUGAAGCAUUGGCUGCCGUUGUUAAAGAACUCCGGAGAGAGCCUGUUUCAUCCUCGCUGCAGAAUUCCAGUGCUCCAAUAGCUAAACCAUAG